AUGUGUUCUCUUUUGGUGAUUGUGGUUGUUUUCUCAGUAGUUGAUGGCUCUUACAUUCAAGAACAUGGUCGAUUUGAUGGCUCACAUGACUUAGAAGUUCUGAAUGCAUCAUUAUCUAGGACAAGAUACUUGUGUGGGGAUAUUGUCCAUUCUUAUGGUUGUGCAAUACCUUUAAAUCCAAUAGAAUUAUUCAAUUUGGAUAUACUUACACUCUUACCUAGCAUGAACGGAUCUUAUAAUGAGAUUCCAGCAAACGUUGAUUGGAGAUUGAAGGGAGGUGUAACAAAUAUUCAAAAUCAACGUGAUUGUGGAUGUUGUUGGGCUUUCUCUACGGUGGCAGCUGUUGAAGGCAUUCUUAAAAUCAGUAGAGGUGACCCUUUGAUGUCACUUUCACAGCAAGAAUUAGUUGAUUGUGAUCAUGUCAACAAGGGGUGUAAAAAUGGCCACAUAAGCGCUGCAUUUGAAUAUAUAAUUAGAAAUGAGGGUUUAGUUAAAGGGAAGGAUUAUCCAUACAAAGCAGUGUGGCAAGACAACCUGUCUCAGCUUUUCUGGGUUUCACUUCCGAAUCAAUUCUUUUAUUCAAUAAUUAUAAAGGAGUGA